CAGCCCCAUUUGAGCUGAGUGAUUCACCAGUGGUGGGCUGCCAAACUACCUCCAUUCAUAGGCAAGUGGACCAUAUGGGCUUGACCGUGAGGGCGAGUGUUAGAGAUCCCAUAUCGAUUAGGCACACUCAAGCCAAUGGGUUUAUAAGAGUGGACAAUCCUCCCACUCAAUAAGGCCUUUUGGAUGAGGAGUUACGCCCAACUCCAACAAAUGGUAUCAUAGCCAUUAGACUAACAUCAAAAAUGGUAGAUCUGUCACAGCUCACUCCCAAUCCGAACAACUCUGGCAAAAAAUUAACUGCCGAUUCUGUCAAUCUCACAAAUACAGCUCCUAUGUCUUCUUCCACGCUUCCAACAAUCUCCCCAAAAUUAACCAGAAACAACUACAGAUUAUGGAAAUCGCAAAUCUUGUUCGCUGUUGGUUCGCACGAUUUAGAGGAGCAUCUCACCGGAUUAGUUUCUUGUCCAUCUCCAUUCAUCAAAGUUCAAGCUGAGAGUUCUGAUGGAGCAACUGAAAAGAAACCCAAUCCAGCUCAUAAUCACUGGAAGAAAGUCGACAAGGUACUUGUGUAUACUGCCAGUUGUAUUAGUUGUGCAGAAAAACAAUCUGGAAGUUUAUAAGUGAGCAGUUGAAUGAUAAUGCUUUGAUGAUGCGGUGUGUAUUGUAGCUGUAUACUGUCAGUUAUAGUAGUUGUGUGGAAAAACAAUCUGGAAGUGAUAAAUGAGCAAAACUCCCAGUUCAGUUUACGGGAGGAUGUUAAGGUAGUUAACUAAGCAAUGAGAACUCCUAGUUUAGUUUAUGGGAGGAUGUUAAUGAAAAAGUAAAAUGUGUUUAGUUAUUAAUCUAUUACAGUUAGGAUUGUUCAGUUACAAGUUGUUAGCAAUCUGUUAUAGCAGUUACA